CUAGGCCAUGGCCUGGUUUUCACACAGCUGUCACUCAACCACCCCGGAGCAGCUGACACCACGGGAACAAACUCGAAACCUGUCUUUGCUCAUGAUGAAGAGAUGACUAAGACUGGCAUUGAAGAGGAAGGCCUGGCUGUUUGUGAGAUGAUGGAGAAAGUGGAGGGGGUGGAAGAAGGAAAGAUGGAGAAGAAAGCAGAGGAGAAGGUGGCUGAGGCAGAAUUGGGGGUUUUGCCUGGUAUGCCUGGGUCAUGCUUGUCACAGGAAGCUGAGCCCCAAUCUCCAACCAUGGCUGAACACAAGCCCCGCCCUGAUGGCUCCACUGCUGAAGGUCACAUAAAGGUCACUGACAGGAUAGCGGGACAGAAGAAGGUGUUCCGGAAGAGGCAGAAGGCAAAGCCCAAAAUGCAGAUGGCAGAGGCGGCCGGGACGGAAGGUGGCCCCCGAAACACUCGGGCCCCAUUUCGUCUUCAGAACUUCAUGUGCUUCAAAAUUUCUAAAUGUUGCACUGUCCUGCUCCUACUGGCAUUGCCCCCUAGCGUGAACAGCAAGGAGACUCCAACACCAAGACAGUGUGCAGUUUGCUUGGAUAAGGACUGCGCAACUGGUGUGAGAAUAAUCUACCCAGCUACAGGCAGCGACACACCAGUUUGGGUGAAAGCAAACUCCUCAACUGGAAUCCAAAACUGCUCCAUGGAGAAUCUAAAGCCAGAUGCUCCCUGUAAGAUGGCUAAUGGUAGCCUCGUCCAACUGGCUAACGAGACGCUUCAUUUUGAAGGGUUAAACACUUAUGGUGUAUGGCGCCCAUUCCACUCACAGAUUUCGCCCUGUGCUGAUCUUAAUAUGCCUUCCAAGCCUUCCCCCGGAAUGUGUGCAGUUUGCUUGGAAAAGGACUGCGCAAUUGGUGUGAGAUUAAUCUACCCAGCAGACGGCGACACACCAGUUUGGCCGAAGGCAAACUCCCCAACUGGAAUCCAAAGCUGCUCCAUGGAGAAUCUAAAGGCAGAUGCUCCCUGUAAGAUGGCUAAUGGAAACCUCGUCCAACCAGCUGACAACCCCCUUUAUUUUGAAGGGAUAGACACUUAUGGUGUAUGGCGCGUAUUCCACUCACAGAUUUCACCCUGCGCUGAGCUUAAUCUGCCUCCCAGUUCCACGCCUUCCCCCGGAAUGUGUGCAGUUUGCUUGGAAAAGGACUGCACAACUGGUGUGAGAGAAAUCUCCCUAGCAGGCAGCAUCACAACAGUUUGGGUGAAAGCAAACUCCCCAACUGCAAUCCAAAACUGCUCCAUGGAGAAUCUAAAGCCGGAUGCUCCCUGUAAAAUGGCUAAUGGUAGCCUCGCCCAACUGGCUGACAACCCCCUUUAUUUUGAAGGGAUAGACACUUAUGGUGUACGGCGCGGAUUCCACUCACAGAUUUUGCCCUGCGCUGAUCUUAAUCUGCCUUCCAAGCCCUCCCCCGGACAGUGUGCAGUUUGCUUGGAAAAGGACUGCGCAAAUGGUGUGAGAGUAAUCUACCUAGAAGGCAGCAUCACACCACUUUGGGUGAAAGCAAACUCCCCAACUGCAAUCCAAACCUGCUCCAUGGAGAAUCUAAAGGCAGAUGCUCCCUGUAAGAUGGCUAAUGGUAUCCUCGCCCAACUGGCUGACAACCCCCUUCAAUUUGAAGGGGACGACUCUUUUGGUGUACGGCGCACAUUCAACUCACAGAUUUUGCCCUGCGCUGAUCUUAAUCUGCCUUCCAGUUCCACGCCUUCCCCCGUGAUCCAAGCUCCCAUCCACAACGUGCCCACUCCUGCAGCUCCGAACGAUUCAGUGGCGGACAACAAAGGCAUCAUCAUCAGCGGCGUCAUCGGCAUCGUCAUCGUCAGCGGCAUCCUCAUCGGAGUUUUGAUUUGGAAGCGAAAGAGCCGUGGACAAGGACAGGACGGGGACCAUCGUCAUGGGAACAACGGGGUGCCUCCUCAUGACGCUGAGCAUCGUGAUGAGAUCUCCAUCCAGAUGCAGCCUCUUAAUGCAGAAGUUCCAAACGGAAACGUUAACGGGGUCCAUCGGGAGGAUGGCAGCGUUGGGACUGCAGGGUUACUUGGACAUUGCGACGAUACUCCUGUGUGACCUGCUGACCUCUGGUGGUGGGAAAUGACACUGCAUCUUGCAGUACUGGCCCUGAGUUCUGACAUGGUCUGUGGUUCUGACUAGCACUGUUCACCAUACCAUUCUCUUACCCACCCAUUUUUACAGUCUGUUUGCCACAGGCACAGCUCUUAAUUUGUUUAUGAUGUGCCUAACAAACCGUUCAAUCUGGAUUAAGAUCUGAAUGUAAAAAAAAUUCCUACACUUGAAUCAGAACAAAACAUAUUUAAAUUUAAAAUUUAUUGAUAUUUAUUUCAUUUCCUUAUUUACACUUUCUUUUAAUGCUUUUAAAUGCCUUUAUUUAUUUAUUUAUUGUGAAGAACUUUGUGUUGGGCUAUGAAACACAACACUACGCAAAGGCAUUUCAUUUCUGCACGCUUGAAUUUUAUUUUGACGCAAUGCAUUUCCACAUUUUUUUUUCCUGAGAGUAACCCUGUUGUUACUUUGAUACUGUGGACCAUUCAUUAUGAAUUAUCAGGAUAUAAAAUGUCCACUUGCCAAGUUUCUCUGGGGUGGGGUGGGGGGGGGGGGUGGGGGGGAUUUUUUGUUUCUGGAACACCUGCUUCUCUCUUCUCCAAGUUUCAUAUGCAUGUGCUUUGCAGGUCUAUUCCUGUUUUGUUUUGUUUGUUUUCCCAUCUUCUUGUCAAUGUUUGCAUUUUUUUUACUCAUUUGUCUGUGCUUAUGUGUUAUGUAUGUUCUUUUAUGUUUCUUAAACCAUCAACCUGCCCAGGGACUACAGAUGAAAAUUAGCCUGUAUGGCACAUUUACAUGGUGCAUCCAAGUUCUCAUGUUUAUUAAUGUGCACUGUCCCUUUCUUAAAUAAAAUAAACCUUAAACCUUAAUGUGGGUUGUUUAACAUCCACAAACACAGUACAAUAAAAUGGAAGCUCCGGAACAUAGGCUAACAUUCACAUUAAUAUUUGAGCCAAGACUUUAAACUAUUGGGUGUAACCAGAAGAGGUGUAAAGUGUGAACAGUGUUGUGUCCUGGCCAGACUUGUCUUACUCUUAUCUACUCAGGUGUGCAUAUCAGCAGUUGCUGUUGAUCAGAAGCACCUGGUGGGGUGCCUUAUAAAAGAACCUGUUCUGCAACUCUCUCCUCUCUCUCCCUAUCCUCUCUCUUAACCAGGAGGGCGCUGGAAUAACUGUCUUACUGACCACCACUUUUUCCCUUCCUUUUCUCCUUCUUUACUCUGCACUUUAUAUUUUUGAUACUUUAAUAAACUCAUUUGUAAUC